AUGAUAUUAACUGCGCCAGACAUUUUGUCUCUGACUAUUUACUUUGCUACUUUAUUUGGAACAGUAGCAAACCUCGUCUUGCUCUUCGCCUUUAUCGGCAAUGCUAUCAAACACAAAGCCUUUCAGCCUCUGGACAGAAUAAUAACCAACAUGGCCUUUGUCAACCUUUUGCUUUGCUGCUAUAAGGAGAUACCCACGCUGUUUGUAUUGAUCAGCUCCAAAGUGUUUGGAUCCUUAGGGUGCCGAAUUUUGUUAUAUGUUUACCAUACCCUCAGGCUGGUCAGUAUUUGGUCCGUAGAGAACCUGAGCUUUCUUCAUCUCAUAAAGAUAAGGAGACCGAGUCACCGGUGGUCAAAAUUCAUCCAUAGACAUCAAGGUCAAUAUGUAAACUGGUCACUUGCCGGCUGUUGGGUAAUCAGCAUCUCCUUCCACACGCCGUAUCUUUUAUAUAGUGAUCCAAUCAAUUCAAGUAAUAAAAGCAACCCACUGAUGACAAGCACCCACUGCAUAGGUCCCACCGAUACUACUCAGCUUAAAAUCCUUACCUAUGCUACAGUGACCCUGGAUUUCAUGUUAAUAAUCCUGGUAAUUGUCCUAAAUGGAUUUACAAUAGACCUUAUCUGUAGACACAGGAGGCAAGUGAGAGACACGAUGACUGUCAGGCGUAGCUGGAACAAACAUACAGCUCAAGCUACGAGGAUAUUGCUUUCUUUGCUCUCGAUCUAUGUGGUCUGUUGGAUUUCCAGUGAUAUGGUGUGGAUGGCUAUUGUUUCUGGCCUAAUACAGAAUGAUUAUGAGAAUGACAUGCUUUCUGCGCUGUAUGGGAUUUUGUCGUCAGUUUACUACUCUGUCAGCUCUUGCAUAAUGGUCUUUGGCUACAGACAAGUGAGAGAUUACUUAAUGGAUAUUGGUUGCUGCUGCCAUUGUAGACUCCCAACAGCUGUACAAAGCAUGGAAAAUCCACCAUAG